CGCGGGGUUGCCCGGUCGUGCGGCGGGAGCCGGCAGCUCGGCGUCGGGCCUGAAGCGGCCUGUGAGGGGGAGCGCUUUCCCUCCGCGCCGCUCUGGAGAGCGGAGGGCUUCUUCCGAGGGACGCCGCCUGGUCCCCGGCAAGACGAUGAGGAUGGGGAGGGAGAAGAUGAUGCUGAAGUCCAGCAAGAAUGCCUGAAGAAAUUUUCAACCCCAGACUAUAUAAUGGAGCCAUCUAUAUUUAACACGUUAAAGAGAUAUUUCCAAGCAGGAGGUUCUCCAGAGAAUGUUAUCCAGCUCCUCUCUGAAAACUACACUGCAGUGGCACAGACUGUAAAUUUGCUGGCAGAGUGGCUCAUUCAAACAGGUGUUGAGCCAGUGCAAGUUCAGGAGACUGUAGAAAACCAUUUAAAGAGCUUACUUAUCAAGCAUUUUGACCCUCGGAAAGCAGAUUCCAUCUUUACAGAGGAAGGAGAGACUCCAGCCUGGCUUGAGCAAAUGAUAGCACAUACUACGUGGAGAGAUCUCUUUUACAAGUUGGCAGAAGCCCAUCCCGACUGUUUAAUGCUUAAUUUUACUGUGAAGCUUAUAUCUGAUGCUGGAUAUCAAGGGGAAAUAACCAGUGUUUCAACAGCAUGUCAGCAACUAGAAGUAUUUUCCAGAGUCCUGCGUACAUCCCUGGCAACAAUUUUAGAUGGAGGAGAAGAAAACCUUGAAAAAAACCUUCCUGAGUUUGCUAAGAUGGUGUGCCAUGGAGAACACACUUACCUUUUUGCUCAAUCUAUGAUGUCCAUAUUAGCUCAAGAAGAGCAAGGAGGGUCAGCUGUCAGACGGAUUGCUCAGGAGGUUCAGCGAUAUGCUCAUGAGAAAGGCCAUGACGCUAGUCAGAUCACUUUAGCAUUGGGUACUGCAGCCUCCUAUCCUCGAGCAUGCCAAGCUCUUGGUGCAAUGUUGUCCAAAGGAGCUCUGAAUCCAGCAGAUAUCACUGUCCUGUUCAAAAUGUUUACAAGCAUGGACCCACCUCCAGUAGAACUGAUUCGAGUACCUGCCUUUCUGGACCUCUUCAUGCAGUCAUUGUUUAAGCCAGGUGCUAAGAUCAACCAGGACCACAAACAUAAAUAUAUUCACAUACUGGCAUAUGCAGCUAGUGUAGUAGAGAUGUGGAAAAAGAACAAGAGAGUCAGCAUAAACAAGGAUGAACUCAAGUCAACUUCAAAAGCCAUUGAAACUGUUCACAAUCUGUGUUGCAAUGAGAACAAAGGAGCAUCAGAGUUGGUUGCAGAACUGAGCACUCUCUAUCAGUGCAUCAGGUUCCCAGUGGUGGCAAUGGGUGUAUUAAAGUGGGUGGAUUGGACAGUGUCAGAACCAAGAUACUUCCAGCUGCAGACUGAUCACACUCCAGUUCAUCUGGCAUUAUUGGAUGAGAUCAGUACAUGCCAUCAGCUGCUUCAUCCCCAAGUUCUACAACUUCUUGUCAAGCUCUUUGAAACAGAACAUUCGCAGCUUGAUGUAAUGGAGCAGCUGGAAUUGAAGAAGACUCUCUUGGAUAGAAUGGUGCACUUACUCAGUCGAGGAUAUGUCCUACCUGUUGUCAGCUAUAUCCGCAAAUGCCUGGAGAAGCUAGAUACAGAUAUCUCUCUCAUCAGAUACUUUGUUACAGAGGUGCUCGAUGUGAUUGCUCCUCCAUAUACCUCAGACUUUGUACAUCUUUUUCUUCCUAUCUUGGAGAAUGAAAGUAUUGCAGGUACUAUUAAAACAGAAGGCGAAAAUGACCCUGUCACUGAGUUUAUAGCUCAUUGCAAAUCUAACUUUAUUAUGAUGAACUAAGCAGUGGAAAAUAUCAAGAAUGCAGAGCACAUGAUCACUACUUUGCCGUACUUUCCACCAGUAAGGUUCUAUAACUGGGCAACACAGCAGCAAAAAAAACCCAAAACGCAACAAAAAACCCAAAACAAGGAAGAAGGGGCUGAAGGGCAUUUGAUUGACUUGCAUGGUGACCUUGAGCUUCAUAUCAGAGGACUGUUAACGUACUUUGGAAAAUGGAAUAAUACUGAAGGAUUUUCUGUUGUUACACAAAUCAGUAUAACUCUGAAUAUUCUGAAGGGGACAGCAGGAGAGAAACAGAUUUAUUUCAAAGAAUGUUAUUUGGGUUACUUGCAGAAUUUGUCACUGGAGAGAAACAGAUUUAUUUCAAAGAAUGUUAUUUGGGUUACUUGCAGAAUUUGUCACUGAUUCUUUGUGUAAUAUACAAAACCUGAAGAAUAGGGAAGGUAGUUUCUACUAAAACCACUUUGCAGAUAGUUCUCUGAAGACUAGAUCUUGAAUGCUCUAGGUUUUGAUGUUGCAAGCUGUAAAAAAGUAAUUUGUGGGAUUAGCUCUAUGCUGCAGAGAAGCCACAAUGCCUCUUUCUCACCUUUGCAUUAUAUUAGAAUUCUAAAUAUCCUACAUAUUUACCGCUAUGAAAAAAAACCAUUUUGUGUAACACAAGUGGAGUUGUAACAAUCAAGGUUGGGUUUGUAUUAACAGAUGAAUCCUACGCGAGUGUGUUAUCUUUCAGAAUCUAUUUUUUGUUAAAUAGAUGCAUCAAAUGUUACUGGUAAGUUUCAUUACCGUGUCAGAAUUCUACUGCUGUCCAAAAAUACGAAUGUGUGCAGAAAUUUCAUUACUGCUUGUUGUGGCUUGGUUUUUAUACUUAUCUCUACUCUGUCCUGGUUGAUGCCAAACAGUGGGGGAUAUACCCAAGAUUAUAAUUCACCUUUAAAUAAAGGUUUUUUUCUUUUCCAGAGA